AGGCUGGGUCAGGUGACCUUGCAUUGGAGGCAGACGUUUUCCUCCUGGAGUCCAGCAUUGACCGGAUUGGCUGGCAGUGGGGGUGGAGUAGGCGGCGAAGAAGAACUGCCAUGGCCGCAGCUGCACGCGCUCGAGUCACACACUUGCUGAGGCACCUACAAAGCACAGCAUGCCAGUGCCCGACUCAUUCUCAUACUUACUCUCAAGCCCCUGGACCUUCGGGAAAGACAACAGAUUACGCCUUUGAGAUGGCUGUCUCAAAUAUUAGAUAUGGAGCAGGGGUUACAAAGGAAGUAGGCAUGGAUCUACAGAAUAUGGGAGCUAAGAAUGUUUGCUUGAUGACAGACAAGAACCUCUCCCAGCUCCCUCCUGUACAAAUAGUUCUGGAUUCCCUAUCGAAGAAUGGCAUCAGUUUUCAGGUUUAUGAUGAUGUAAGGGUGGAACCUACAGAUGGAAGCUUCAUGGAUGCAAUUGAAUUUGCCAAAAAGGGAGCCUUUGAUGCCUAUGUUGCUGUGGGUGGGGGCUCCACCAUGGACACCUGUAAAGCUGCUAAUCUGUAUGCAUCCAGCCCUCACUCUGAGUUCCUUGAUUAUGUCAAUGCCCCCAUUGGGAAGGGGAAGCCAGUAACUGUGCCUCUUAAACCUCUGAUCGCAGUUCCAACUACCUCAGGGACUGGCAGUGAGACUACCGGGGUUGCCAUUUUUGACUAUGAGCAUUUGAAAGUAAAAACUGGCAUUGCCUCACGAGCCAUCAAACCCACCCUGGGACUGGUUGAUCCCCUGCACACUCUCCACAUGCCUUGCCAGGUGGUUGCCAACAGUGGCUUCGACGUCCUUUGCCAUGCUCUGGAGUCAUACACCGCCAUUCCCUACAGCAUGCGGAGCCCCUGCCCUUCCAAUCCCAUCCAGCGACCAGCAUACCAGGGCAGCAACCCAAUCAGCGACCUCUGGGCAGUCCAUGCACUGCGGAUUGUCGCCAAAUAUCUGAAGAGGGCUGUCAGAAACCCUGACGAUCUGGAAGCAAGGUCUAAAAUGCACUUGGCAAGUGCUUUCGCUGGCAUUGGCUUCGGAAACGCUGGUGUUCACCUGUGCCAUGGCAUGUCUUACCCAAUCUCAGGUUUAGUGAAGACGUAUAAAGCCAAGGAAUACAAUGUGGAUCACCCUCUUGUGCCCCAUGGCCUUUCUGUGGUACUCACCUCUCCUGCAGUGUUCACCUUCACAGCCCAGAUGUUUCCAGAGCGGCACCUGGAGACGGCAGAAAUAUUAGGAGCCAACAUCCGCACUGCCAGGACCCAAGAUGCUGGGCCUGUGUUGGCAGAUGCACUCCGAAAAUUCCUAUUUGACCUAAAUGUUGAUGACGGUCUGGCUGCUCUUGGUUAUUCCAAGGAUGACAUUCCUUCAUUGGUGAAAGGAACACUGCCCCAGGAAAGGGUCACGAAGCUUGCCCCGCGUGCCCAGUCGGAAGAGGACUUGUCUGCUUUGUUUGAAGCAUCCAUGAAACUGUACUAAUUCACGUACUGGUGAAAAGAAUCACCACCGGCCUUCGCGACAGAAGUUACGAGUAGCAGAAGUUGGUUAGAGUUGUCCUUGUCAUCUUAUCUCCACACUUAAUUCACCUAUUACUGGUUUGAAUGUGAUGUAAUUUUAUCCUUUGGGAGAUUCCUCGGUGCUCAUUGCAUAAAACCCAUGGGCCAUAUCCCAGGGAUCAGUGUUCCUGUACCACACCCCCAUCAAAUACAUAAAUAUGCCUAUGUCCAAACACUGCAUGUCUAGAAAUUUACCCUGAAGAAUUACUAGCAUCAGUGUGCAAAAAAAAAAUAAUGCAUACUAGGAUGCACACAAGGAUGUUUCCGACAUACUUUUGAAUAGUAAAAAUUAAAACAAUCUAAAUGUUCAUUACUAAAUGAAUUCUAAUAUAGUAAAUUAUAGAAUACUGUGGUAUUAUUAAUAAAAAGGAAGUAAAACUCUUGAAAA